ACUCAAACGCCAGGAAAAAGUUUCAGUUAACAGCAGCAUUCUCUGGACUAUUGAGGGACCGGUCGGCAUAAAUUGUGAACAAGUGAAUUAAAUAAAAUGGCAAAUCCACAACAAGAACCCAAAUACACCAAGCUCUUUAUCAAUAAUGAAUUUGUUGAUGCUAAAUCGGGCAAAACCUUCCCAACCAAUAAUCCAGCAACGGGCAAAGUAAUUGUUGAAGUAGCUGAAGGUGAUAAGGCUGAUGUUGAUUUGGCUGUAGAAGCUGCCAAAAAAGCAUUCCACAGAAAUUCGGUAUGGCGUAAAAUGAGCCCACUACAGCGUACUGAUUUAAUGAUGAAGCUUUGUGAGCUUAUGGACCGUGAUAAGAAUAUGUUGGCCAGUUUGGAAAGUUUAGAUAAUGGCAAACCCUUUGCUGAAGCCUUAUUCGAUGUGGAGAUUUCUAUUAUGACCUUGAAAUACUAUGCCGGCUGGACAGAUAAAUUCUUUGGUGACACCAUACCCGCUGGAGGUUUCAUUGCCAUGACCAAGAAGGAACCCAUUGGUGUGGUGGGUCAAAUUAUACCCUGGAAUUAUCCUUUGCUUAUGUUGUCCUGGAAAUGGGGCCCUGCUUUGGCUGUUGGCUGCACCAUUGUCAUGAAGCCGGCCGAACAAACUCCCUUGACUGCUUUGCACAUGGCCGCCUUGACUAAGGAAGCUGGUUUCCCUGCUGGUGUUAUUAAUAUUAUCAACGGCUAUGGUCCUACUGCUGGUGCCGCCAUCUCUGAACAUCCAGAAAUUCGCAAGGUGGCCUUUACAGGUUCGGUGGAAAUUGGCCGUAUUAUUAUGGAAGCUGCUGCUAAAACCAAUUUAAAGCGAGUCUCUUUGGAAUUGGGUGGCAAGAGUCCUAUUUUUGUAUUUGAUGAUGCUGAUGUUGAUCUGGCCGUUGAUAUUUGCCACGAUGCUUUAUUCUCCAAUCAUGGUCAAAGUUGUUGCGCCGGUAGCCGCACCUAUGUCCACGAAAAUAUUUAUGAUAAAUUUGUUGCCAAGGCUGCUGCCAAGGCUAAAGCACGCAAGGUUGGCAAUCCCUUCGAAGAGGCCGUUUUGCAAGGACCUCAAAUCGACGAAGAGAUGUUGACCAAAGUUUUGGGUUUCAUUGAAAGUGGCAAACAACAGGGUGCUAAAUUGCAAUAUGGUGGCAAGCGUAUUGGAGAGGUGGGCUUCUUUGUUGAACCUACUGUAUUCUCGGAUGUGACCGAUGAUAUGAAAAUUGCCCAAGAAGAAAUCUUCGGCCCGGUGCAAUCCAUUUUCAAAUUCAGCUCCGUCGACGAAGUUAUUGAACGUGCCAACAAUGUGAAAUAUGGCUUGGCCGCUGGCAUCAUUACCAAUGACAUUAACAAGGCCAUGCAUUUUGCCAACAAUGUAGAUGCCGGCUCCGUAUGGAUUAACUGUUAUGAUGCUGUUUUGCCACAAACUCCCUUCGGCGGUUAUAAGCAGUCUGGCAUGGGACGUGAAUUGGGUAAAGAUGGUUUGGAUAAUUAUUUGGAAACUAAAACCAUAACCAUGAAAUUGGUUUAAACUCUUGGCUUAUACCAGCUAAGAGGGUAGGUAAGAUCAAUAUACGCACUGAAAGAAACAAUAAAACUUCCAUAUACUUUAAAAA